AUGCCUUCACAAUCAAGCUACCUACGUCCUGGCGUCCUUGCCCUUGGGUUGGCUGCUACCAGCUCGUUCGUCGCUGCCGCACCAUGCGACAUCUAUGCCUCUGGUAAUACACCCUGCAUUGCCGCACACAGUACCACCCGCGCCUUGUACAGUGCCUACACUGGAGCACUUUAUCAAGUCAAGCGUGGUUCUGACAACACAACGAUUAAUAUCGCGCCGAAGUCUGCUGGUAGUGUUGCCAAUGCUGCCGCUCAAGACACCUUCUGCUCCGGUACAACUUGCCUCAUUACGAUUGUCUAUGACCAAUCUGGCCGCGAGAACCACCUCACCCAAGCUCCACCUGGCGGCUUUAACGGCCCAGAAUCCAAAGGUUACGACAACCUCGCUGGAGCGAUAGGUGCGCCUGUUACUUUGAACGGACAGAAAGCGUACGGUGUUUUUGUCUCGCCCGGCACAGGCUACCGCAACAAUAAAGUAAGUGGCUCUGCCACUGGAGACGCAGCGCAGGGUAUGUACGCUGUCCUCGACGGCACUCACUACAAUGGCGCUUGCUGCUUCGACUACGGCAAUGCCGAAACCAACAACCUCGACACCGGUGAUGGCCAUAUGGAGGCUAUCUAUUACGGCGAUAGUACCGGCUGGGGUAGUGGUGCUGGCAGCGGUCCGUGGAUCAUGGCUGACCUUGAGAAUGGCCUGUUCUCUGGCCAAGGCGCGAAGAAGAACACUGGUAAUCCAUCCAUCACCUCCCGCUUCGUCACUGCUGUCAUCAAAGGAGGACCGGGCAAGUGGGCUAUUCGUGGUGGUAACGGCGCAACCGGAGCAUUGUCGACAUUCUACAGUGGCGCACGCCCAAGCGGCUCCGGCUACAACCCCAUGCAUAAGGAAGGUGCCAUCGUUCUUGGUAUUGGCGGUGACAACAGCAACGGCGCUCAAGGUACCUUUUACGAGGGUGUGAUGACCAGCGGCUACCCGACCGAUGCCACUGAGAACUCGGUACAAGCCAAUAUUGUAGCAGCCAAGUACGCUACCACCUCCUUGGUCAGUGGCCCAGCGUACACCGUAGGUGAUUCUGUAUCCUUCAAGGCUACCACAGCUGGAUACACAAACCGCUAUCUUGCCCAUACCGGAGCAACAGUCAACAUCCAAGUUGUCUCAUCGUCUAGCACCACCACCCUGAAGCAAGCUGCCAGCUGGAUUAUUCGUGCUGGUCUUGGCAACAGUGGCUGUUACUCGUUCGAAUCUAAAGACACUGCCGGAAGCUUCAUCCGACACUUCAAUUUUGCGCUGCAUGUUGCCGCCAACGACGGCUCCAAGGCUUUCAAGGAAGAUGCCACUUUCUGUCCGCAGAGUGGCCUCAGUGGCAGCGGUUCGUCGCUACGUGCUUGGGGAUAUCCUACACGAUGGAUUCGCCAUUACCUCAACAGUGGGUACAUUGCAAGCAACGGUGGUGUUCAUGGCUUCGACGCGGCUGCCUCAUUCAACGCCGAUGCGACAUGGGCCACCAGCACUGGACUUGCUUAG